GUUGCCAAGUUUAGAACACCUGUUUCAUUGGGACUUAACUUGUACGUAUGUGAAUGUGAGGAUGGUUAAGCUUGAAAGCUAACUAAAGGGAGCAAGCAAGAAGGUUGCUUGUACCAGAAUGCAAGUUUGGACAUUGAGAUAUUGUUGUUUUAGCAUGUUUAUAUAAAGAAGCUAAAUUCUGAAGCCCUUCAUAUCGAACAAGUGUGAGAACGAAAGAGGAGAGAGAUUUGUGUAACGAUGGAGGCAACGAAGAGGAUGGCAGUUCUGGUGGGUUGUAAUUACCCUAAUACCAAGUAUGAGUUACAUGGCUGCAUAAAUGAUGUGAUGGCCAUGCGAGAGACACUGAUGAACAGGUUCGGUUUUGAAGAGAGCAAUAUUCAGGUGCUGACCGAUGAGCCAGGCUCGUUGUUGAUGCCGACUGGUGCCAACAUCAAAUGCUCACUCGGGCGAAUGGUUGGUAAGGCAAAAUCAGGAGACGUGCUGUUCUUUCAUUACAGUGGACAUGGAACCAGAGUUCCAUCCAUGAAACAUGGAAACUUCUCUCGGCAAGAUGAGGCCAUUGUGCCCUGUGACUUCAAUCUCAUUACAGAUAUCGAUUUUCGUCGUCUUGUAAACCGCCUGCCUAAAGGAACGAGCUUCACCAUGAUUUCGGACUCGUGCCAUAGCGGAGGUCUGAUUGACAAGGAGAAAGAGCAGAUUGGACCUUCGACCAUUAUCAAUGACGAAAAGCUCCAACUCCGAUGUACCCCGGACGCUGCAAAGGCAAAAACCAUCCCCUUCCAAUCAAUUCUACAACACCUUUCAUUGCAUACCAACAUCAACACAACAGACAUUGGAACACACUUGCUUGAAUCCUUCGGAGCAGACGCUAGUCUCAAGUUUCAGCUGGACUCGCGCGAACUCGACACGAUCGACUCGCUGAAGCCCGAUGCAGGGAUUCUGCUGAGUGGGUGCCAAGCAAAUGAGAGUUCAGCAGACAUGAACCCAGAUAAUGCAGCGGGGAAAGCAUAUGGCGCAUUCAGCAAUGCGAUCGAGAACGUGCUGAAGGAGAACCCUGCUGCACUUUCGAACAAACAGGUGGUGGUGAUGGCGAGAGGAAUGUUGAAGAAGCAAGGCUUGGGGCAGCAGCAUCCCUGCCUGUAUUGCAGCGAUGAGAAUGCAGAGGCAAUGUUCUUGUGCCAGAACCCAUGAGCUCAUGCUCCGCCCAUAUAGCAGACCGGUGAAGAAGUGAAAUGAAAUAAAUCAAACUCUGCUUAUUUUUAUUAUUUUUAAACUUCAAUAAAAAUGGAUUAAUUGAUCAA